AGCUGCCUUGUUUUGGACGUCACCGCCUGUGACGUGUUAAAAGUUGGGGGAUUUCCCUAAUACUAGAUUGAAGUCGCUUUCUUGUGUAGUGUUUUGGACUGAGAGAGGCUGUCCUAUAUCUGGUUUUCUUCAUUUUGGUGGGUUUAAAGUUGCCGGCACUCGUAAGAUCUACAAAUAAACAAUAGACAAUGAAUCCUGGCGGGCCUGGUUGGAACGAUCCCCCCUCUCUCUCAUAUGAGACUCAUUCUCAGACAACUGGUAGAAGAAAUCUACUCACUAAGAGAGUAGGGUUACCAGAUUUGAAGAUGCCAUCUGCUAAAAAUUCCUCGGAAAUUCAAAAAACAGAAAAUAAAACUCUAACACAAUUAGAUGGCUCUCUACCCCCGCCUCAAAUUUCUGGACCUCCUCCAGAUGACACAAAACUUCAAAAAUCUUCUGAAUUAACGAAUAAAACUAAAAUUGCGAACCAAAAUGAAGAAUCGAAUACGAUGCCUACAAUGUUCAAUCCUAUAUCUUCAGAAAAUUCAGCAACAAAUCCCACUCCUGCCAUUUUUAGUCCAAUUGAGGGUGCAGAAACAACUAAUGAAGAGUUGAAAAAGUCUGAAGAGAUGGAAAAUGUAGAUUUAGAGACCAUGGAUAUUGAUGUAGUCACAGAGCUUAAAAAUAUUGUCGAAAAAUGCGAAAAAGAGAAUAUUUUUUCGAAACAAGUUGGACAAACAAUUUUGAAAAAAAUCGACAUCUUCGAAAAACAGUUAAAUGAUAACAAAUUACCGAAUAUUGUUAGAGAAAAAAUGGAUUUGCUGACGAAAUAUUUGAUGGUGAAAAAGUACUCUGAAGCCUGGGAUAUCCAUGUUGCGUUAAUGUGCGAUCACUCUUCAAGUGUUAUGCAAUGGAUGGUUGGCAUAAAGAAAUUAGUUUCGGAAGCUAAGAAGUUGCAAUGAUUGUAUUUCUUCUGUUAGCAAAAUUAUCAUGCUGAGUUGUGGAUAUUCAUUAUCAAAAAUUAAAUUUCUUGUGAAUUUGGAGCUGAAAUUUACAUCAACCAGGGGUAAAGAAAAUUUCUAGCGUUUUUAUCGUAAAUUUUCUCCACGGGCAGCAGACACGCCACUGGUGCAUGGCCUUGCUUUUAGCAAAUUAUCUUAUAAUAUAAAAAACUUUGCUGAUGUCAAGUAGUAUAAUUUGGUGUACUGUUGCACUUACUAGUAGCUAUGUCAAAUUGAAACUUAUUUUUUUUGUGCUUUUUAUUCAUUUACAUCAUAGGUUUUAUUUAAUUAAUUGCAAGAUCAUGAUUUAUAUAUAUAUUUUGCUACUAAGUAAUCAUUAUAUUUUUGUCCCUGACAGCUGACAUAUUCCAAUAUGUCCGGUACUUUACAACUACUUUUGUUGGUAUUUGGAAUCUCAACAGACCUGACUUUCCAUUUAUUAAAGAAUCUUUAUUAGGUCAUUAAAUCUCCAUGAAACAAGAAUUUGGAAGAACUAUUGAAUUUGAGGUUUUGCCUGCAAGACUCAAAUUUGAGAUCUUAACCUUGAUACAGCAACGCCUUGGGAUUUAUGAGUUUAUGUACCAAGUACAUAAUUGUUAACAUAAUAACUAAUUGUUAGAAUAAUAAAUUUGUGUACGACCAGUGAGUAAUAUGUUUUUAAAUUGCACUAUUUUUUCAAAUGUAUCUUACUUUAUCAUAGCAAUAAAUA